GGCAACAGAGCCCUGCCUGUUCCCUCCCUUGGGAGAAGAGCCUCAGGCUCCCCUUGCCCGGGUCUGCAGACCCCUGACCCAUCUGCUGUCUCCCUGUUUCCUGCAGGAUGAAGAUGAGACGCUACAAGCUCUUUCUCAUGUUCUGUAUGGCCGGCCUGUGCCUCAUCUCCUUCCUGCACUUCUUUAAGACCCUGUCCUAUGUCACCUUCCCCCGAGAACUGGCCUCCCUCAGCCCUAACCUGGUGUCCAGCUUCUUCUGGAACAAUGCCCCGGUCACGCCCCAGGCCAGCCCCGAGCCGGGCAGCCCCGACCUGCUGCGUACCCCGCUCUAUUCCCACUCGCCCCUGCUCCAGCCGCUGUCGCCAAGCAAGGCCACGGAGGAAAUCCACCGGAUGGACUUCGUGCUGCCCGAGGACACCACCGAGUACUUCCUCCGCACCAAAGCGGGGGGCGUCUGCUUCAAGCCAGGUACCAAGACGCUGGAGAAGCCGCCAUCAGGGCGGCCAGAGGAGAAGGCAGAGGCGGGUGAAGGCGCGUCGGCGCGGGGCCCGGGCCGGCAGCUGCUGAGCACCCGGGAGCGGCCGGGGGGGCGCGGCGCGCGGCGCAAGUGGGUGGAGUGGGUGUGCCUCCCGGGCUGGCACGGGCCAAGCUGCGGCGUGCCCACCGUGGUGCAGUACUCCAACCUGCCCACCAAGGAGCGCCUGGUGCCCCGGGAGGUGCCGCGGAGGGUCAUCAACGCCAUCAACAUCAACCAUGAGUUCGACCUGCUGGACGUGCGUUUCCACGAGCUGGGCGACGUGGUGGACGCCUUCGUGGUGUGCGAGUCCAACUUCACGGCCUACGGGGAGCCGCGGCCGCUCAAGUUCCGUGAGAUGCUGACCAACGGCACCUUCGAGUACAUCCGGCACAAGGUGCUCUACGUCUUCCUGGACCACUUCCCGCUGGGCGGGCGGCAGGACGGCUGGAUCGCCGACGACUACCUGCGCACCUUCCUGACGCAGGAUGGCGUGUCGCGGCUGCGCAACCUGCGGCCUGAUGACGUCUUCAUCAUCGACGACGCCGACGAGAUCCCCGCUCGCGACGGCGUGCUCUUCCUCAAGCUCUACGACGGCUGGACGGAGCCCUUCGCCUUCCACAUGCGCAAGUCACUGUAUGGCUUCUUCUGGAAGCAGCCGGGCACCCUAGAGGUGGUGUCGGGCUGCACGGUGGACAUGCUGCAGACGGUGUACGGGCUGGACGGCAUCCGCCUGCGCCGCCGCCAGUACUACACCAUGCCCAACUUCCGCCAGUACGAGAACCGCACAGGCCACAUCCUGGUGCAGUGGUCGCUGGGCAGCCCCCUGCACUUCGCCGGCUGGCACUGUUCCUGGUGCUUCACGCCCGAGGGCAUCUACUUCAAGCUGGUGUCCGCCCAGAACGGCGACUUCCCCCGCUGGGGUGACUACGAGGACAAGCGGGACCUCAAUUACAUCCGGAGCUUGAUCCGCACAGGGGGCUGGUUCGACGGCACGAAGCAGGAGUACCCGCCGGCCGACCCCAGCGAACACAUGUAUGCCCCUAAGUACCUGCUGAAGAACUACCACCAGUUCCGCUACCUGCUGGACAACCCCUAUCAGGAGCCCAAGAGCACAGCAGACGGUGGGCGGCGGAGCAAGCGUCCGGAGGGAAGGCCGCCCGCCAGGAGCAAAUUGGACGUGGUUGAAGGCUAAGGCUGCAUGAUCUUAUAGGGCCGGUGGCCAGGGUAGGGGGGUGGGCGGCUGCCCCCCCCCUUACCUUCCUGUCUCCUUCCGCCGUCUGGGUGGCUCUUAAGAAAACCAGGAGUGGAUAGGUGGGGGUGUCUUUCCUACUCAAGCCCUUGUGAAUCCAGGGUCAGGCCUGUGAGCUCAGAAAACACCCUUCCUCGUCAGGAGAGAGCAGGCCCUUUCACCCCUCCAGGAGUGCUGCAGCCAGGGGGUGCCAACGGAGAGUGCACGAGAGUGCACGGUGGCUACUGGGGAGCAGGGGAGGGUAGGGAAGGGAGCCUGCAGGAACUCCCUAGGGCAGCCAAGUGGGAGCUACGGUCCCCUCCGGGGAGAAGCCCACCAUUCGGCCUCCUGGGGCUUUGGACCUGCAGUGGGAAAGGGGGAUGCCGGGGGAUCCCAGGGCUCUGUAAAUAGAUGCAUUUGGGCCCAG